GAGCAUCCCGGACGUGGACGUAGUGUGUACGCGGAGGACCCCAAAGGACCCGUUAACGCAGUUGCCUGUCCAAUCGGUCGUUGUCGGUGAAUAGUGUUUUGACGGUUCUAGAGCAGCGAAUACCGCGGCUUCAGACACUGGCUCUGGUGUCGCUUUCGUGUGUCCAUGCGGAAACAAUAGCCUGGUUGGAGGCGUGCAUGCGAGAAUAUAAUUCACAGCCAGUACAGUAGCGAGUGGCAGGAAAAUAGUAUCCAGCUGAGUGGUUUCCGCCCCACAGUAAAACGAUGGGGUUAUCAGCUUGAAUGGGAUCAGGCGCCAGGUUGAAGAGUAGAAGCAGUAAGCCGCUGCUCUUGAUGCAAUUCAGAAUAAUUACUGCAAACGCGAGUGUGGGUGGAAAGACGAACGAUCAGCUGCGGAAAGUGGGUUAGACAACAGUUGGCCAAAAAGGAAACGGACGUGACGUUUGCUUGUGGCCGAUGCUGCUGCUGCUGCUGCCGCGCCGCGAUAGAUGUGUUUGCGAAAAUUUAUGGAAAAAGCGUGCCAAGACUUCUGCUCUAAGGAUUAGGGCAUACUUCGUAUUCCAAAAUCAACACACUGCAGCAUUCCACCAGGAUGUGGAGCAAAAUAUUACUCGAAUGAUAAAUGGUAGUGAAAAUUUGCUCUAAUUACUAAUAAUCGUACUAAGGUUACCAACACGAACAGUGCAGUGCAUCAUAAAUCACCGUCGCACCUAUUAAUCAUGUAGCUCCAGACGGGAAGGACCGUCAUAAAAAGGAUUGCAAUGUAAAAUAAAUUCUCCGAACGGGAAAAAAAUCGCUCCUGUCAGUGGUGAAGAGAAAAAAUAGCACAAAGCACAUUGUUUGCCUGCUUUUUCGCCAGUACGACAAAAAGUUUCAAGAAGCAGCAGAAAAAACAAACUCAACAACAUUCCUAUAAAAUCGCAAAUACUCUACGAUUGCUACGCGCCACCCCGUCCCCUCUUCUCUCCUCCUCUCGAACAUCAGCGUCCUAUAAAAUAAUUCCUCCUCUUUCGAGUGGCAGCUCGGUGGUGGGUGAAAGAGGAUUAAAGAUUUUUUUUUACACAAUACCAACGAGCGGCGACUAGACUUGACAGGGCCGAGCGAGCGACGCGCGUUGAACUGCACGAUUCGCCGAUGGUACAGAAUUAAAUCCCCGGCGAAAAGUUUUUUUUUCCGAUACAGAAACCAACUUGGAAAAUAUAAUAAAAACUCUAACCGGCGUGAAUCCGAAAAAGGUGCAGCCAAACUAGGACUCGGGGUACCACGUUAAUCGCCUUGAGUGGCCGAGUGAUUGCAUUCGACGCGUACCGUCAUCCAUCAUAUGCAAGAAGAGUCUUCAAUUCAGCAAAAAAAAAAACAGAGAAAAUAACAAAAGCUCCCACCCGGCGCCACUACAGAGUGGACUGACGGAUAUUGGAUCUUUGUUUGUGUGCGUUAAAGCGUGCAGCAAGUGAAGGGCAACGGCCGGAAGUGAAUCUACAGCUCAAAGCGAUAGUAGCAGAAAAAAAAAACAGAGAAAAACAACGAUAAAAACAACAACAAUAGAUAAAGUGACGAGCAGAUCGAGUGUGGGUGUGCGUUGUUGUGUGUGCGGGUCUGCCAGUGCAGCGGCAGUUGAUUUUUAUUUAUACUGAAGUGCUGAAAGGGGAUUAAACUAUAUCAAACUUGGCCCACAGAGUGCUGGAUGUUGUUGUUUGGAUUCCCGAGCCCCGGACUAGAAGCGAUUAGCUGCGAAUUAAGCCCGACAGGAUUACCACAUGACAGCGGCGUGAGCGUGUAAGCUGUGCGUCAGGUGACAUUAGCGUUCCGAACGUCCGCCUGUUGAACCAACCACCAGACAAGACAAGACUCUUCGCCAGCAGAAUGCAUCUCCCACUUACGGCUAUUACGAUCAGCCAAAACAUGGCUCUGCUAUUGCUGCUGCUACUGUGCAUUGUCACAAACCCAACCGAAAGCCGUUUUCGGGAUAAAGAUAACAAAAAGUCCAAAUCUGCUCAGCAAAAUCUGCUACCGGGCAGCCACGUUGGAACGCCGCUAAUGAAUCUCUGUUCGGGAGAUCGGGAGAUGAAGCUGGUCUGCCACUGCAGUCCGGACGAUCCGCACGUAAAAGCCCAGAAGGCCAACUGCUGGAUCUUCAGUAAAGAUCUCCCCCGGAAGGAUCCCAACUGGUUGGCGUUCCAGACGCAGACCACGCUAGAGCAGUUGAAAAUUACCGUCCAGAAAAUCGGCAAUCUUACCUACAUCCCUUCGGAUGUUAUAGUGACACUCAAGUAUCUCAAACAGCUAACGAUUGAGUACGGAAUGAUUCCGGAUCUGUUGAACUAUGCGUUCGGUAAUUUGACGGAUCUGCGGAAUAUCACCAUGCACAAAAAUCAGAUUCGAAUCGUGCACCCAUUUGCAUUCGCCAAUCAUCCCUACUUGGAGGAAAUCAAUCUGGAACGGAACGAGAUUAUCGAACUGGAUAAGGAAGCGCUGGUGCGGCUACCCCAGCUCAAGCGACUGAACUUAGAUUUCAACAAUCUCACAAUGCUGCACGAUGAUGUGUUUAUCGAUUUGACAAGUUUGGAUGAACUGAAGCUGGAAUCGAAUCAACUGUCGGUUCUGACAAGGGAAAUUUUCAAAGGCCUCGGAAAUCUGCGGUUCCUUAAACUGACUGCUAACACUAUCAGUUAUAUUGGGGACACGGUUUUCGCCGAAUUGUGGAGUCUCCAGGAGCUGGAUUUGGAUGGAAACCACAUUGAAAAACUGUCAGCCCGAGCGUUCGAUGGGCUUAACAACUUGAGGCGAUUGAAUCUCGAAAACAAUAGACUAGCCCGCCUCGAGAGGGGCAUCUUCAUUGGAGUGCCGGCUGUCCUGUCACUUAAUCUUAAUUCCAAUCAGCUGGAAACAAUCACCUACAACAACUUUCUGCCAUUGAUGGAUAACCUCGUCAACAGUACUGCCGUGCUACAUCUUAAAGACAACAAAUUCAUCUGCGACUGCCGGCUGCUGUGGCUUUUCGACCUCAAAAACGCCACCAAGAACGACGAAUUGCGCUACACACUGCAGCAGAUCGAAUGCCUGUACGAGCUGAAGGACAAACGUGGCUCCUUUCCGGUCUCACUCCAGAACCGACUGAAUGAUUAUUCCCGACCGCACGAUAUUCUCGGCUAUGAAGACAGCUCCGAUUACGACGAUCCACAGCGGCACGGUUACGGGUUGAUGCACCGGAGUAACCCUCGGCAGCCAUUGAUGCCGAUCAACGGUGAACCGGUACCCGAUCAGUACGAUCGAAGUUCGAAUCCGGCUUCGAAGCCAGUCAACGGAAAGCAACUACUGGCGUUGAUGAAGCUACGAAAGGAGGAUCUUCUACCGUGUGCCAAAGAACCGGACGAACCGACCGAGCUGCCCCUGUCGAGGGAAUCCAUUGGCAUCGAUAUGGGCUGGCGAUCGUCGGCCGGUGUUGAAGGAUCCGGCACCGAAAGGAGGCGCAUCAGCAGCGGGCUGCUGUCGGCAGUCCUUAUUCUGCUUGUCCUGCUGGGUGUGAUCCAGUGUUAGCUUCAUGCUUCGUAAGUUAGACAAAAGUGACAGCGGAAGUGAAGUAGAUAAUGCUUACUAUUAAAUUUCAAACUGGUAGAUCUAAGCAAAACUAUACGCGUUGUACGUACCUUUAGACAAACGACUGUCCUACUGUACUAUGGUUUCCGUAUAGGGGUGGUGAACCUUUUUUGUAGAUUUUUCAACAUGACAGGUUACUAGCAUUGCAGCUUUUGUAAACAAAAAUUCAGUUGAUGUCUACUGUAAGGCUUCGUUUAGGUGCACGAAUAUUAUCUGUUCCCUUAGAAAGUUCUUCGUGUGUUUCAAACUCCCAAAAAAGAACAAACAUCCGAACCAGAUUAGAGUUUCUUUGCAUUUAUUCAUAGUUGAAAGUUAACGUGCCACACAGUCCCGGAUCAGUAUGAGAAUAUGUGCCAUUGCAGUCGGACUUCUUCUACAAAAAAUACGGCUUAUAAAGACGAACAUCCGGGUUAUCAUAGAUUCACCUGGAUUUUGCACUGAAACAGAUCUAAUCUAAGUUUAAGAGAUAUGCUAAAGAUGUACAAUAAUAUCGGACAGUUUUUCUUUCCAUUCACUAGAUAAAAUUAAAUCGAAUUUAAUAUGAAAAGCGUAAAAUUUAUUGGUGGUAAAUUUAAAACUAAAUAUCCUAGACUAGUGAAAUCAAAGCUUGUACAUAGUAAUUUUGAUGUGAAACUUCGUCUAAAAAGUGCAAGAGCUGUAAAUUUUACCCAAUCCUAACCUGCUUUCCUUUCCAAGAUUAAAAAAAGUACGAUUUUUAUUUUAUUUUAUUAUGAACCGCUCGUCAUCAUUGUCACCCACAUUUUCUUUGUCUACGAUGAAGCAGCCUUCCACGGUUCUGGAAGAAGUGAGCGGAUAAAACACGAAACCGUUACGUUAAAGUGGUUCCGUGGUGAAAACUACUGUCGAACGAAAAAAAAAUUGAAGAUAAGAGUGUUUGAAGCGUAGCAGAAAAAACCGAAAACUUGCAGCAAGUUGCAACGUUCGGUUGCAGGAGGCAAACAAAAAAAUUUUCAUCCUAGUGGAAUUAUCGGAAUGAAUGGCUACUAAAUUUGGGCGAACUGCUGCCGUUCUUUUGGCAGAGAAAAAAAAACAGAACAAAAGAACAAAUUACGGGUGGUGGAAUUGUUACGAGUGUAAGGAUUCGCGCUGUUGUUGAGAAAGUCGAACUGCGUCGGCUGGUGUGAAAGGAAAUGACCUGCAGCUUUCGAGCUUUUCCGGGUAGUAAUCAUAUGAGAAACACGUUCCCCGCAAGCCCGGUCUGCAGAAGUACAGUGCGCCUCCAUCGUUUUGAAGAUGAAGGGAACGCGUGGUAGCUAAUUAAUUGUUCAAAUAUCAGAAUCGAUUUUCAAGUCAGAUGCAUAUAACUUCCACAAAAAACUUAUGUACGCGUCAUCCAGCAAGUUCAACCAGGCAGGAAAUUAAAAUAAAACCGAGCAGACCAGUAAAAAAGCAUUCUACUGCAUUUACUCCGCACUUUUAUGGAAUCUGUCAGUGGAUCGAAGGGAUGCACAACGAAGCAUAAGAAGGGGAAAAUCCUAAGUCCAUUUCAUCGCCCAUCCAGUUUCUUCUUGGUAUAACAAUACCCGCAGCUGCGCUGGUAUGAAUCUGGCGGCAGCGCAAGGGGAAAUGCUAGAGUGUACUCACGGAUAGGGUUUGCAAUCCCGGGAACGAUUUCCCGAGAAUUGCCUUUUCCCGGGAUUCCCGGAUCCCGGGAAUAGGAAUAUUGAUUCCCGGGAUCCCGGGAUUCCCGAGCUUCUCGGAAAAUUUUUCAUACAAUAUUGCAAUAAAACUAAAUAUCGUAUCAAAACACUAAACUUACGUCGUAGAAGUGUAAAGCAGCUUCAUAGUGUGCAUUAUACGAAGCAAAUAUUUCCUUGAAACGACGAUCAAUAUGUGCUUGCCGUGUAAUAUCAAAUUAUUUGCUUAAUUUAUUUGUCAAAAACAUAUGCUGUCUUAUUCAGUAAACGAUAAAUUAAGAAAUAUUUUCUUCGUCUCAUGUCUUUUUUUGCUAGUGAGUUUACUACUAAGCGGAUAGUUGCUUGAUUUUUUCUUUGUUUAUUGACAAAAAAAUUUGAAGCCUGUAAAGUGAUAAAAAAAAAUUGAAACCCGUAAAUCAAUGUGACCAGAAAUAAAUAAAUUAAUAAAAAUCAGUCAGUGCACAAUGGUCCAGAAACCGAAUUUAGGGAGAAAUUUGGGUCUAGAGCUCUAUAGCAAUGUUUUAGAGAUAAACUUUCUUCUAAAAAGUUGUUACAUAUGAUAAUGCGCUUAUUGAAAAAUUAUCAAAAAUUAGGGUGACCAAAAUUUUCGAAGCAAUCAACUAUCUAACUUUUUUAUCUUUGAAGAUAGAAGAAAAACUUGUUCUACAAUGUUAUAGCUUCAAUAAUUUUAAGUAACUUUGUAGAAAAAAGUUUUUUUUCUAUCUUUGAAAACAACCGAUUUAUAUUGAAAAAACACAUUUCGCACUCUAACUUCUUUAUUUCAAGUUUCAACUUUAAACUGCCUUUGAACGACUUUCAAAGCUUUUUAAUAGAAGCAAUUUACAAUUCUGAUAUCGUCAAUAUAUCUAUUCUACUCAAAGUUAUUGAUGUUUUUCAUCAAAAAACAUGCGUUUUUCAUUUGUAUGUCAUUCAUUUUGGAGCAAACAUAAAAAAAUAUCUCUUGAUUUCAUUUUGAAGGGCAUACUUGACUCUAUAAAUCGAGGAACUUUUAGAGAUAUGUUAUUUUUUAAAUUUGAGUAAAUUCAAUUUAAAAACAAGACGAAAAUUUCAAUAAUUUUAUACAUUAUGCAUAUAAAAGCAUCCAGAUUUAUGUUUUGGUAUUUAUUCUUAUAACUAGACGUCAUUACCUUUAAUUUGACCCAAAAAGAUCGAAAUUCGAUCAACUGGUUCAAAAGUUAUGAAUUUUUUUUAAAUUAAAUACAUCGAACAUAGUCGUUUUUAUGGUCACCCUAUUUCGAAGUUGGUCACGCAAAGUGCUUCAAUUGUGCUCAAAAUCGCAGGAAUGCAUCUAUGUUGAAAAUAAUCAAACCCGUAUUGUUUCGUUGGGUUGUUAAGGGGACCAGCUUCGAAAUAGGGUGACCGUAAAAAACGUCUGUGUUCGAUGUAUUUUAUUUAAAAAAAUUCAUAACUUUUGAACCAGUUGAUCGAUUUUCGAUCUUUUUGGGUCAAAUUAAAGGUAAUUACGUCUAGUUAUAAGAAAAAAUACCAAAACAUAAAUCUAGAUGCUUUUAUAUGCAUAAUGUAUGAAAUUAUUGAAAUUUUUGUCUUGUUUUUAAAUUGAAUUUACUCAAAUUUAAAAAAUAACAUAUCUCUAAAAGUUCCUCGAUUUAUAGAGUCAAGUAUGCCCUUCAAAAUGAAACCAAGAGAUAUUUUUUUUAUGUUUGCCCCAAAAUGAAUGACUUACAAAUGAAAAACGCAUGUUUUUUGAUGAAAAACAUCAAUAACUUUGAGUAGAAUAGAGAUAUUUACGAUAUCAGAAUUGCAAAUUGUUUCUCUUAAAAAGCUUCAAAAGUCGUUCAAAGGCAGAUUAAGGGUUAAACUUGAAAUAAAGAAGUUAGAGCGCAAAAUGUGGUUUUUCAAUUUAAAUCGGUUGUUUUCAAAGAUAGAAAAAAAAUCUUUUUUUUACAAAGUUACUUAAAAUUAUUGUAGCAAUAACAUUGUAGAACAAGUUUUUCUUCUAUCUUCAAAGAUAAAAAAGUUAGAUAGUUGAUUGCUUCGAAAAUUUUAGUCACCCUAAUUUUUGAUAAUUUUUCAAUAAGCGCAUUAUCAUAUGUAACAACUUUGUAAAAGAAAGUUUUUCUCUAAAACAUUGCUAUAGAGCUCUAGACCCAAAUUUCCCCCUAAAUUUGGUUUCUGGACCAUUGUGCAGUGUAACUUGGGACGUGGCCGCGAUUUCACGUUAAUUACGAAGACAUUCAAAUGCUCUAAAAUCUGGCUGCCAAACUCUCAGCUUUAUCUUCAACAAAACAAAAAGUAUUGGACUCUUCAGUUUCUAAUGAAGUGUAGCAAGAGCUGGAAUCGGUGUUUUAGAAGUAUUUUAGAAAUCAGACACCAGCGGUGAUUCAGCGAUCUUAAGCAAAGUUUUACAGAAGGGAACUACAUUAUUUGGGCCUAACGAAAAAUUGUCAGCGGAACUGAGGCGAUUGAUAGACGAUUGUUCAUGAAUUUCUGGAGUGAACUUGAAUAAAUUUUGUUCUUCAAUUAAUAAUUAAUUUGUAAACGAUUGUUUGAAACUUUUUAUCAAUAAACUUUAUUUGAAAUCUCAUUUUUGCUAAGGAUUUUUUCCCUUCCCGGUUCCCGGGAAUUCCCGGGAAAUGAGAUUUUUCAUUCCCGUUUCCCGGGAAAUCUAUUCUCGGGAAUAUUGCAAACCCUACUCACGGAUACGGAUAGUGGGAUUUUCCACACAUCGUCAGGGAUGGUGCGAGUUUCCGAUGCACUUUGGCCGAACCGUUAGCUCAGAAAUGGAAGUGCAGCAAUAAAACUGCGGUCGCAAUAAAACUCCUGCAGGCUUAGCUUUCCGAACUUCCAUUAAAACUGUCGUUACCUUAGCGAUAACGUCAAUAAUCGGAUUUUCCUGAGUGACACUGCUUACUUGGUAAUUUUUUCUGCAAACUAAAAUUACGGAGGUCACGACUGAAUCGGGUUAAAGUCAAUCAUCAGCCAAUCAGUCUGACUAGAAAGGUCUGAAACUGUAAUUAAAGUUGAACUGUUUACAUUUCUCAUUCCGCUGAUGUCGCCAAAGUCUCGCUUCAUUACUGAAUAGCGUAUCUAGAGGAAGAAACUUCGCCCACACUUUAGCACGUCGUUGACGUUAAAGUGUUCAUUCUGGAAAUUGCUGCCAAAUUAGGCAUUUGUGAUUCCAGACCCCCCGUCGAUGGCGUAAAAUAUUGGCACACGCCUGAAAAGCAUGCUGUAACCGCAUAACUUAAAUCUUUCACUGCCAUCACCUUGCGAAGGUGGUGAAUUGGCGGCGAAUGGUUGUAUGUAAUUAUACAAUACUGAGAAAAGAGCCAGAGUUUGCCAAAAUAUUUUGCACAGAUCGUGACACACAGCUGCCAGCUUUGAAAACUUCGAAAAGAUGCUAUUUUCGUAUUGGGAAACAGUUUUGAACUAAGCUCGCUUGAAUUGUAUUGUUCAAGUCUAAUUAUAAAUUGAAAUUAGUUCCAAAGCAUUAACCCAAUCAUAAUACUAAUUAUAGGGGGUCCUAGCGAGACAAAAAAAUCCAUAGUAAACAAAAUAAAUUUCACUUCGUUGCGGCGGUAAUUUUUCCAUUUUAAUUAUUCAUUUCGUCCUUUGAAGCUUAUCAAAAUCGAUUCAACUAGCUGUGGCAGGAUGUUAUUUUGCAUUUCCAUACAAAUCAACUCGCCGAAAAAGCAGCACCGCAGUCGGAUUAUGCAUUAAAUCUAAAAAAUGUCUUAACAGGCUGUUUGAGAUACAACGAUUCUAUUCAUGAUUACAUACUCACACGCACACUUGUUGAUGCAGCUGCCAUCCAUUGUUGAGCUGCGAGCUCGGAUAUGAUGAACAGGUAAUGAAAUUUGCGAAAUGUUUUUUGAAGUAGAAUACUUCUCUCAGGAAGUUCGGCUACAUAGGGAUGUGAAAUGAAAAUCUAAAACCGAAAAAAGUGAAAAAUAUGUCCAAUUUCAAAUGCUAAUAAAUCGGUUAGUAUUAGAUGGAUUUCCUUCGUUCUUGCAGCAAUAGAUUGGAAAAUCUUCUAAGAUUCUUCCCAAAAUAAGAUAAUUGUAAUUUUAUUAUUCACACUAUUGUACUAUUCAAAAUAGUCAAACCUUGUCAAAACGAAAAAUUCGCAUCUGAUUGGUCGUUAUAUGAUUGCUUCCCAAGCACGGUCGACAGAAUCAUAUACCUUGCAAUUGAAAACAUGCUAUUUGGCCUAUAUAAGAGCCUGUUUCAGCCGGAGCCGCUCAUAAUAGUUCUAGACAGCGACAACAGCAGUCGUCCUUCCUUAGCAACAGCACUAGCCCUGUGGUUGGUCAUCACGUCUCAGGAGCAGCGCGGUUUUUCUCAGCGUGUGUCGCCAGACAGCCAUCAUUCCCCCCGUGUUGGGGCAGCAUGAAGAUUACCAUCAGGAAAUCCAAUUAUGGAAAUCAAAAUGCCUCUUUGAAGGCAAAUAAACAAGUCAUUGAAAGUUAAUAAUUUUUGACAACGCAAGCAAGCAUUCUGGGUUGCAUCCUAACAAUUUAAAUUGGUCGCACCCGUCUAAUUUACUGAAUGUGGAAUAGCUUCCACAGUGCAUGUUGUCCGUGUAUCUUAAUUCCCUCAAUGUUAGGGCAGCUCAAAGGUUGUAAUUAGCAACCGAUUUUGAACCGCAACAUGCUUUUUUCAAGGCAAAUAAAAAAAUAAUUGAAGGUUAAUAAUUUUCUGGCAUCAACACAAGCAGACAUUCUGUGCGGGAUGCAAUCAAAUUCUGUUGUAGUUGUCUAAUUUUCACUUUAUUUAGUAAACCCCCCACUGUAGGGGCAGCGCAAAGGCUGCGAUCAGCAUAACCGACAUUGAAUAAUUAACUGCCCUGUUAGUACGCAUUCACAAAAGCAGUUAGUUCGACUAUGCAGAGCUAAUAUGAAGUCGAUUCAAUCAAUCAGCAUAAACAGAAUUUCGUCGUCUCCCAGCUGCCAAGUUGCAACAUGAUGCAACACGCAACAGCGAGCAAACGAAAUCGCUUGAUGUUACAAACCGCAAUAAGAUACGGGUUGAAACCGUUGCGUGUGUGAGAGCACCAUCGGUGUUUAUUCGCUGGAUACACUAUCUACUGAACGCAAUAAUCUGCUUACAUGCGACAUGGGGACGGGAACAUUUUCUUCAACCAAGCUGCACAACACGACACAAAACAUGUUAUUUUGUUGCUUCAAUGAGAGUGCUAUCGGCCCGGCUCGACAAGAAACCAUUUUGGGGCAUCCGUGCUACGAAACUGGGGAAAAACUUUAGAAACUGAAAAAAGAGGUGGAGCUUAUCAAAUGAUCGCUCUGAACCAGAAUGAAGUCACACAUAUUUUUCAAGUUAUAUCAUUCCACCACGUACGUAAAAUAAUUCAUUCCUAUUUUCAUCCCUAUAUAAGAGCCUGUUUUAGUCGAAGCCGCUCAUAGAAGUUCUGAACAGCGACGACAGCAGUCCUCCCUCAGCAGCAGCGGGAGCGAGCAGUGGGUACCAUCGAUAGCGGAUAGCGGCCACAACUGUGGCAUGGCUGCGAAUAAGCGUAGCAGUUUAAGCGGAUCUCACCAUCGAUAGCAGCAGGGCCAGCAGAUGCAGGUACAGCGGAUACCAAUGGCGGCCACAACUGUGGCAUGGCUACGGAUAGCGUUGCAGGUGCUCAGCAGUUGGGCCAGCGUAUAGCGGCCACAACUGUGGCAUGGCUAUGCAUAGCGUAGCUGUUGCAGCGGGUAUAUCAGCAUCGAUAGUAGCAGGGUCAGCUGAUGCAACGACACUCCCUUCACUAAAAUGCUGUUUCAGUGUGGUAGCGGGAAGCAUCAGCAGCAGGCUUGCAUGAAGUGAAUACAUCA